AUGCUCCUGAGCUAUAGAGAACCUGCAUCUUCUGAUGGAGAAGAAAACUUGCUGGCAAUUUUGAAAAGGAGAUGGUGGAAGUACAUGAUCCUGGGGAUAGUAGAUAUAGAAGCCAACUAUCUGGUAGUCAAAGCUUAUCAAUACACCACUCUUACUAGUGUACAGCUUCUAGACUGUUUUGUCAUCCCAGUGGUGAUACUGCUCUCCUGGUUCUUCUUACUGGUACGAUACAAGGCAGUACAUUUUAUAGGGAUCGUGGUCUGCAUUUUGGGCAUGGGCUGCAUGGCAGGAGCAGAUGUCCUCGUUGGGAGACAGCAAGGAGCAGGUGAAAAUAAACUGAUAGGGGAUCUCUUAGUACUUGGUGGAGCAACGCUAUAUGGCAUCUCCAACGUUUGUGAGGAAUAUAUCGUCCGAAAUCUGAGUCGAGUGGAAUUCCUGGGCAUGAUCGGACUCUUUGGCUCCUUCUUCAGUGGAAUUCAGCUUGCAAUCAUGGAACACAAAGAGCUGUUGAAAGUUCCCUGGGAUUGGCAAAUAG